UCCAAACGUUUUGGAUUAGUUAGGUUGUGAAGUCCGUUGUUUUGUCCUCGUCCGCUUUAAAAUGUUUUGUGUCGUGCAGACUAAAAAAAGGAAGAAUUGCCGACCAGAAAUGACGGUUGUACCGUCUUCCUGGGUCGAUGGGAAAACAGUGUACUGGCCUCCGGCAGGUUUUGUCACCCUUUCCCAAAAUGCCAACUCAUGCCCGGACAAAGUUACCUGGAAGAAGUCGAAGGCUAAAGUUUUGGGCCAAGCAGGGUCCUUUGCGGAUGCGGAAAUAGUUCUAACAUCUUUUCAAAAGUUAUCCGAAUCGGAGGUGACGGAUACGGAGACAGCCGGCCCAUCCAAGCCGAAAAAAGGCCGCUUCGAAUCAAAGCAGUAUGAACUGGCACUGGGUACAACUACAACAACUCCGGCGAUUACAUCCCCACAAAACUUGACAGAGCAAGUUGAAGUUUCAUCGAUCGUGAAUGAAGAAAAUUUGGAGUACGAAUUGGUCCAGCUGCCCAAUGGUCAACUCUUCAAGGUGUUGAAGACUUCAAUCGCUUCGGACAACGCCCUGUCGCUAAGCGAGGCUAAUCAAUGUGAUGAUAUAAUCGAGUUCACAAAGGAGGAGGUUAGCCAACCCGAUGAACCAACACUGCUCUCAGCUUCGCCAAGUAACGGUUCAGCUGAAGUGUUCGUACAAAUGCCUGACGGAUCUACUGCCCGAGUUAUCCGGGAAGAAUCGACUUCGUCCCAACAGUUGGACAGAAACGCAGACCUAUACGAGCGCCUGAAAAAUCUCGAGCGUCAAAAUGCGGAAUCUAACAUCCGGCUGAGCAAUCUUGAAAGUCAAGUCGCGGCUCAAACGACCAAGUUGGAUACUAUUCUGCAUUUUGCUGCUGACGUGAAAAAAUAUUUCACAAUGAAACCAAAGAUUGACACCAGCGCAGCUCUUAAUGAUGAGGAUUUUACGUCGUGCAAAGAAGUGCUAAAGGUCAAGGACAAUCGAGAUCUUCUGGCGCUGGAGGCUGCAUUAUCAGGACAAGAGUUUGAGACUAAAGCUCUGCGCUAUUACAACACGGUUUACGAUUUGUCGGGGAAGCGUGACGGGACUAAGUUUUUCCGCGGAUUCAUGCGCGCCACCGUUCCGGCAGUUAUCCUCCUCGAGUACUCGUGGAAAGGUCAGCAAAGACAAAAGAAAAAUCCGGAACCGAUUGACCUUCUGUGCACGACCAACAAAUCGUUCCAGAGCACCUUUCCCAAAUUCAUAGAAUUUGUGUGCAAACUUGUGAAAGCCGCUGAUUUCAAGUCGACGAACGAAGCGACUCACACACUUUUCUCCAACUUCCUACGCCAUAAGAAAACAGAAGUUAAGCGGUCCGGUGGCCUCGGCAAACGUGCCGGGGAGUCGUCAUCUUCCGAAAGCUCAUCUGAAUCCAGCGACGAAGAAGAAGAAACCUCCAUCACUGAAGCUUCCGUCACAGAAUCUACCACCACAACCGUGCACGACCUUGCUGAAUGAUUGAUUCAACAACUGAUGAGAUCGAUCAUCAAUUCAUUUUCUUCAAUGGAACCUGUUGCUACAA